UCUUUCUAAAUCUUUAUUUUUUAACUUUUAAUAUUAUAUUACUGUAUAUAAAAUGAUUUAUAGGAAAGAAUUUUUAAAAUUAUAUUUAAUUUUUUUAAUAUUUCUCAUUGCACGUUUCUUUGGUAUAGUACCUAAUAUGAUCUCCGUAUGCUUAAUUGUAUUGUAUUAUUUCCCGUCAUUUGCUAGAAAUUUUCAAUCUGUACCUCAUCGUAAAGUAUCAAUGGUCGUUCUAUUCUUCUUCUUUUCAUUUUCGCUCUUCUAUUUAGCAUUAUCAGAAUUGAUAUUGAUAACAUAUUUCCCUCCUAGUACAGAACUAAGCUGGGAUCAUCCGUAUAGUUUAUUAUUAGUUUCGAUGCACUCGGUAACCUUUUAUGUAGUCAUCAAGCGGGCCAAUGAUAUUGUAAACUGGUUAAAAAGUUAUAAAAGUCAACACAGAAAAAAUGUAGUAGUUACUGUAAAAAAGCGUAUUCGAUAG